AUGAGAUUCUUCGCUCUCUCUGUCCUCUCUCUGGUUGGCGCCGGCAUGGUGUCUGCUCGCCCCAGCGAGAGUCUCUCCCUCAAGCGUGGUGAUACCUCUGAAUGUGUGGGACCCUUGCUUUGCUGUGGUACUCUCACUACCCCCUCGACUCCACCGUCGACCCGCUCCUGCUGGCUCUCGGCGUUGAUGCCGCCAACAUUGUCGGAUCUGUCGGUCUUGCUUGUAUGCCAUGGCUAUGACUCCAGCUGUGAGACUAAGCCUCAAUGCUGUACCGAGGCCAACCUUCUGGGUGGCACCGUGGCUCUUGGCUGCGCGGAUUUGAAGUAA